CCCGUCCGCUUCCUCACUCUUCCUCCUCCACCGCCCAGCGUCGCCAAUGUCUCCGGCACCUCACUCCGCCUGGUAGCUCCCCCGCCUCGCGCACAACUACCACCCACCACUCUCACCAACCUGCUCCUGCCGACUACCAGACGUUCGCCCUGUCACGACUUCCAAUAUGGACCCAGCUCCUCUAAUCGCCCGCUCCAAGACGCUCAUCAACAACGACCUCAGGAGGAUUUGCAAGGAGGAGGGUCUGGUUCAGUCUGGCAACAAGCCCCAGCUUCAAGCCCGCGUUAUAGAUCUCAUCACAUCGGCAAUAUCUCGCGGAGACACGGAUGCCAUCCAGCGACUCAGAUACCGCCUGAACAAUCACGGCGAGGCGCCGCCCUCGUCCGGCACCUCAGCCACGCCUGCAGCUCCGAGCCUCUCCAACUCGUCCGUCUCCCACACCGUCUACGCAGACAUGGGUGGUGGCUAUAGGAGUGGCUAUGGUGCGCCUAUACAGCAGCCAGUAGGCCUAGGUCGGUCGGCAUUCAGCAUCUUCAAGAGCUCCCCUUUCUACGAGAUACAGGAUCCGGUCCUGCGAGACGUAUGCUUAGACCCUUCACCUACCCAUAGACAGUCGCUGUCUCGCCCGCUCAUAUUGUCACCCGAGAUCUGUGAUCGCAUGAGACGAGAUCCCACGCUGAAGCUCUACCUUUUUGCAUACGUGGAUCAGGCUCUCUCGAAUUAUGCGCUUCAUGACAUCGCAUUCCCCCCUCAGCUGGAAGUGAAGGUGAACAACGACGAGGUCAGGUCCAACUUUAAAGGUCUCAAGAACAAGCCCGGAACGACGCGGCCAGCUGAUAUCACGGACCUUGUGCGCAAAUCUCCGCCAGGUUAUAAGAACACCUUGACGGUCACUUGGGCACUCACACAGAAGAAGUACUUCUUCUUCGUGUAUCUCGUCAGAAAGUUUUCCGUGGGAGAGCUGGCCAAAAAGAUCACACAACGGAACGUCAUCACGAAGCAAUCUGUACUCGCAGAAAUGCGGAGGAAAGCAGAUGACCCCGAUCUACAAGUCGGCUCCGUCAACAUGAAGCUCAAGGACCCGGUGUCCACCCUGCGCAUCACCAUCCCCUGCCGGUCGACCGUCUGCAAUCAUUCUCAGUGCUUCGAUGCGGAGUCCUUCCUGCAGCUGCAAGAGCAAGCCCCGACAUGGGUGUGCCCCAUUUGCAACAAGACAGUAUCCUUCGAAGCUCUUGCAGUAGACCAAUAUUUCCAGGAGAUCCUGCAGCAGGUGCCUCGUAGUACAGAACAAGUAACCAUUGAACCCGACGGUCGGUGGUCCUACGGCGAUGCCGCUUCUAAGAAUACGCCGAGCAGAGCAGGCACCGCAGCUACAAAUGGCACAUCGCAGCACUAUGAUAGUGACGACGACCUCAUCGACAUCACCGACCACCGCAUCUCGGCAAUCAAAAGAGAAGACGCAGUGCCCACCCCGCAGUCACUCAACAACAUUUCCCCGAUGCCCUCGCGCGAAGCGUCGUCCGCCCCACGACCGGGCAGCAAACGCAAAUCCGAGGUCAUUGACCUGACGCUGAGUGAUGAUGAGGAGCCUCCGAGGCCGGCAAAGAAGGUAUCGUACAAUAAUAGCUACACCCCCGCAAACACCACCACCCCUAAUAACACCCGGCCCAUUGUCGACCGCACUCUUGCCGCCUCUUCUGCGGGCUUGAGAGGAGGAUAUCAUACCACGCCGAGUUAUCUGGGCACUUCCACUACUACUACCCCUUCCGCUUCUUCCGCCCCUGUUGCACAUAUGCGUCCCCCUUCUUUCUCUUCAUCUUCUUCUUUGCGGCCAAGCGGCCCUUCGAGCAAUGGAUUGCGGUUGGACCGGCCGCCGCCCCGGCAGCCUCAGCCGCUCCCAUCGUCACUGCACCAUUAUACCCCAUCCUCAUCUUCUUCUUCUUUGUCGUAUAGGGGAGGGCAGCCUCCCCCGUCGCAUCCACCGCCUCCGCAGCAGUCAUCGUAUAGGAAUGGCUACGCGGCCGGGCAGGCGGGGUCGGCGGCGUAUCCGGCAUAUUUGGGGAGUUCGCCUUGAUGAGAUGAUGAUUACGUUUCUCUUGCCCAUUCCUCUUCGAUGUUCCCCGGCUGUUCUAACUUGUACGUUUUUGUUGCUUUGGAAAAGACGGAUGA